GAAUAGAUAUUCUUUCAGAAGGUUCUGAUAUUGUUUUAUAUGGUUCCAUAUAGGACUAUCACUUUAACUGUUUUUUGGGAACUGGUAACUGGAGAUAUUCAGAUAUUCCGAAAUGGACGGAAACUGUCUUGAAUCCAGUAAACGCAAAACAGGAACUUUUUGACUGAAGUGCUGUAGGGAAUACGCUCUUCUCUCAACUGAACAUCUACAGUAGGCUACUACUCUGCUUAUGGGCCUGGUCGUGUUUCAACAACAGGAUGUCAAUGCUACAACUGGGGUCAGGUUGUGAGAAUCCUACAAAAUAGCUGAUCACGAUUCGGUUUUAUUGUGGAGUAGCCUAGGCGAAAUUGUGGCUCGCGACAUUCCCUGCUGUUGUUGUGUUUUAAUGCAGUUAAAAGGAAGUAAAAAGCAGUGGUCUGGAGCUUGGUAGCGUGCUCCAUCUCCCUCUAUCCCCCCACUCCCUCCAGCGCUCUCAGGAUUUACAUACGCUGAUUUCCGUGGGAAGCGCGAGCAGCAGAUCCUCCAUGGCAGACUUUCAGGAACUGAGGAAACAACGACAAACGAAGUUUUGACCUUGCAUUUUCCCCCGCACACUGCCCACUAGUACGGAAUCCUUAUAACCGGGUAUCGAAAUCACGAGUUAUUGGGUUGGUUGCGCAGUUUUAGACUCGGGAAACCGAGUUAUCUGAGUUGUGGGGCUGUGGCUAUGGCCGGCGGUGGUGGGGUGUCGCCGCUGGGGCUUGCGCCUCCGUUAUGGUAUCACCGGGACCUGAGUCGCGCGGCUGCCGAGGAGCUUCUGGCCCGGGCGGGAAGGGACGGAAGUUUUCUGGUCCGGGAUAGCGAAAGUGUGAACGGUGCUUACGCUUUGUGUGUGCUGUUCCAGAAACAUGUCCACACGUACCGGAUUCUCCCUGACGAUGAGGGAUUUCUUGCCGUCCAGACAUCCCUGGGUGUGCAGCCGAAGCGCUUCAAGACGUUACCAGAGCUGGUGCUGCUGUACCUGCAGCCCAGCCAGGGCCUGGUCACUACCCUGCUGUACACCGUGGACCGUGAGGAGACCAGCUCCGAGGAGAGGGACUACUCAGAUGGAGAGGAUGAGAAGCCGCCGCUUCCCCCUCGCUCCGCCUCCACAUCGACGUCUACCGGCCCUGACACGCCUACAGAGAGCAGCCCGCCGGCGGCUAACGGCCUGAGCACCAUCUCCCACGAGUAUCUGAAGGGGAGCUACGCUCUGGACCUGGAGGCUGUGAAGCAGGGGGCCAGCUCUCUGCCCCACCUCAACAAGACCCUGGUGUCCUCCUGCAAACGCCUCAACGGGGAGGUGGAUAAGGUUCUCUCCGGACUAGAGAUCCUGUCUAAAGUGUUUGACCAGCAAAGUGCCUUCAUGGUGUCCAAGAUGAUCCAGCAGUCAGUGAAUCAGGGUGGAGACCAGGAGUUGGAGAACCUAGUCACCAAGCUGGCUAUCCUUAAAGAUCUGUUGUCCUCUAUCGAGAAGAAGGCCCUGAAAGCUCUCCAGGAUAUGAGCUUGUCUUCUCCCUCCUCCCCUCCUCCUCUCUCCACGCGCCAUAGCAAAGCCAUUCCCGUCCAAGCCUUUGAGGUGAAGCUGGACGUGUAUCUGGCGGACCUGACCAAGAUCGGGAAGAGCCAGAAACACACGCUGUCUGUGGACGUGGAGGGAGGAAGACUGGUGGUGAUGAAGAAGAUGAAGGACAGCCAGGAGGACUGGAACACCUUCACGCAUGAGAAGAUCCGUCAGCUGAUUAAGUCCCAGCGUGUUCAGAAUAAACUUGGCAUUGUGUUUGAGAAGGAGAAGGACAAGAGUCAGAGAAAAGACUUCAUCUUUGCCAGUGCCAAGAAGAGGGAAGCCUUCUGCCAGUUGUUGCAGCUUAUGAAGAACAAACAUUCCAACCAGGAUGAACCAGACAUGAUCUCCAUCUUCAUAGGCACCUGGAACAUGGGCUCGGUGCCCUCCCCUAAGUCGGUGGCCUCCUGGGUGCUGUGCAGGGGCCUGGGGAAGACCCUGGACGAGAUGACCGUCACCAUCCCUCACGACCUGUACGUGUUUGGAACCCAGGAGAACUCUGUGUGUGACCGAGAGUGGGUGGAGUCCCUCCGCAUGGCCCUGAAAGAGCAGACGGAGCUGGACUACAAACCGAUUGCGGUCCAGACUCUGUGGAACAUCAAGAUUGCUGUGCUGGUUAAACCAGAUCAUGAGAACCGUAUCAGCCAUGUUGGAGUGUCUAGUGUGAAGACAGGCAUCGCCAACACACUGGGUAACAAAGGAGCAGUAGGCGUGUCUUUCAUGUUCAAUGGAACAUCGUUCGGCUUUGUGAACUGUCACCUGACGUCGGGCAAUGAGAAAAUAGCCAGGAGGAACCAGAACUACUUGGACAUUCUGCGUCUUCUCUCUCUGGGAGACAAGCAGCUGAACUCCUUCGACAUCUCUCUCCGCUUCACACACAUCUUCUGGCUGGGAGACCUUAACUACCGGCUGGAUAUGGACAUUCAGGAGAUCCUCAACUACAUUAACAGGAAGGAGUUUGACCCCCUCCUGAAGGUGGACCAGCUCAACCUGGAGAGGGAGAAAAACAAGGUCUUCCUCCGCUUCGCUGAGGAGGAGAUCUCCUUCCCACCCACCUACCGCUACGAACGAGGCUCCCGGGACACGUACGUGUGGCAGAAGCAGAAAGCCACAGGGAUGAGGACUAAUGUUCCGUCGUGGUGUGACAGGAUUCUGUCGAAGUCCUAUCCAGAGACUCACAUUGUCUGCAACUCGUAUGGCUGCACGGAUGACAUCGUCACCAGCGACCACUCCCCCGUGUUCGCUACCUACGAGGUGGGAGUGACAUCACAGUUUGUCUCCAAGAAAGGUCUCCCUAAGUCUUCAGAGCAGGCCUAUAUCGAGUUUGAGAGCAUCGAGGCCAUUGUCAAAACAGCCAGCAGAACCAAGUUCUUCAUCGAGUUCUACUCCACCUGUCUGGAAGAGUUUAAGAAGAGCUAUGAGAACGACAGCCAGAACAGUGACAACGUCAACUUCCUGCGUGUGGGUUGGUCCAAUAAGCAGCUGACCACCCUCAAGCCCCUCCUCUCUGAGAUCGAGUACCUUCAAGACCAGCACUUGCUUCUCACCGUCAAAUCCUUGGACGGCUACGAGUCCUACGGCGAGUGUGUGCUGGCUCUGAAGUCUAUGAUAGGCAGCACAGCGCAGCAGUUCCACACCUACCUGUCUCACCGGGGGGAGGAGACCGGAAACAUCAGGGGCUCCAUGAGGGUCCGGGUGCCGGCGGAGAGGAUGGGGACCCGGGAGCGCCUCUACGAGUGGAUCAGUGUGGAUAAGGAUGAGAGCGGUGGACCCAAAGGCAGGACCACCCUGCCCCCCCGCUCCGGAGGACACGACUACGUCAAGCCGUCGCUGACGCGGAAACAGGUGGGGGCGGAGCUGGGGAAGGUGAGCGAAGAGGGAGAGAAGAGCGGGAAGGAGGAUACCACCGCUAGGAUGAAACAGCCGGACUCCGACGACCCGUCGUCGUGUAAGAACAGCUACAACAACCCCGCCUACUACAUUCUGGAGGGCGUCCCCAACCAAUCGGCAGCCGCUCUGUCUCCGGAGCUCCUCCCUUCCUCCGCCUCCUCCAGUGCCAGCCAGGCAGGUAAAGCCCCUCCCCAGGCGGGGGCCAGGACCAAGCCCCUCCCUGGCUCCUCCUCCCAGCAGCGCAGGCACACCAGCGGACAGCCCGUCAGGACCAUCAGCGAGGAGGGCUCGUCGGAGGAUGACGUCGGCGGCGCCGCCGUGGGGGGCGGAGCCACGCUCAACCGCCCCCCUCCGGACUUCCCCCCUCCCCCCCUCCCCAAAGCCGCCCAGGAGACGGCAGAGCCCAAACCCCGCCCGCUUUACCCAGACAUGGCCGAGGUGCGAAUCCCCUCAGCCAAUCCUAGUCCCUCCUUUGUCCUGGGGGACGGGUUUAGGAGGGGCGGGGGCGGGGCUCUGGAUGACCAAUCAUGUUCGGUGCUACAGAUGGCCAAGACCCUGAGUGAGAGUGAGUUCCCCCCCCAGCCUCCCCGUGCCCCCUCAGCACCGCCCCACCACCUCAGGGGCCAGGGAGCGGGGCUGGGGCUGGGGGACGCCUGUCGCACCUUCCCCCCUCGCGCCCCCCUCCCAGAGAGCAUCGCUGAGGACCUGCCUGAGGAGGCUCUGUGGGGCAGCAGCAGUUCGUCUCUGUCGGUGGGCGAGUCGUCUGUAGGGGAGUGGCUCCAAAGGCUGGGUCUGGAGAGAUACGAGGAGGGACUGCUGCACAACGGCUGGGACGACCUUGAGUUCCUCAGUGACAUCACAGAGGAGGAUCUGGAGGAGGCGGGAGUCCUGGACCCCGCCCACAAGAGGAUCCUGCUGGAGAACCUGAGACUUCAACAGCCACAGAAGUGAACUGGGAUGAGACGUGCUAAUCAAUGCCACACUGUGCCUUCUGAGAGAAUUUGCACUCCAAUUGUAUCUACGUUGGACAAAAAAAAGAAAA